AUGCUCAAAGUAGACAGAUUCCUGAUCGGUGCAAAAUCCGGUUGCAGUGUUGUUGGAUUCAGGAACCUGGUGCUGAGAGAUGCGGAAGAUGAAAACCCCCAGAAUUUUCUCUGGCAAAGUUUUGAUCAUCCAACUGAUCAGUGGUUACCUGGAAUGAAGCUUGGGUGGAAUUUGCAGACUGGUCAUGAAGUUUUUUAUACAGCUUGGAAGGGUGAAAAUGACCCAGCUUCAGGACAAUAUACACUGCACCUAGAUCUUACUGGAUAUCCACAAGUUAGUCUCAAGAAUAGAACAUCUGAGAUUUUUAGCUCAGAUGGAUUCCUCAAAUAUUCUGAUAUCAAAUUGCCAGAUACAAAGCACUCUUGGUAUAAUGAAUCUAUGAGCCUUCAAGAGUGUGAACAAGUUUGCUUCAGGAAUUGCUCUUGUAUGGCUUAUUCCACUCUCAGUAUAAACAAUGGAGGAAGUGGUUGUUUGAUUUGGUACGAAGAUUUGGUUGAUAUGAGAACAGUACAGAAUGGGCAAGAUUUGUAUAUUAGACUGGCUUCUUCUGAAAUACCAGAUCAAACAAAGAAAAAGUUGCUAAAUUGGCCAAAUGGCUUCAACAUAAUUAAUGGAGUUGCGCGAGGGUUAUUAUAUCUCCAUCAAGAUUCUCGAUUAAGAAUAAUCCAUAGAGAUCUCAAAGCUAGUAAUGUUUUGCUUGAUACUAAUUUGAAUCCAAAGAUAUCUGAUUUUGGCUUGGCUAGAAGUAUAGAUGGAAAUGCAACUGGAGAUAACACAAAACGAGUUGCUGGAACACGUGGGUAUAUGUCUCCAGAAUAUGCCGGACAUGGAAUCUUUUCAGUUAAAUCGGAUGUAUUUAGCUUUGGCAUUUCAGUACUUGAGAUAGUCAGUGGUAGGAGAAAUAGUGAAUUUGUCAAUGAUGAUCAAUACCUGACUCUUCCUGAACAUGCAUGGAAGCUUUACAGAGAAGGAAGAUCAAUUGCACUGGUUGAUGAACAUAUAGCUGGUUCAUGUGAUGUAGUUCAAGUUCUACGGUCAAUUCAUAUCGGCCUUUUAUGUGUGCAGCAAUUUCCAAAGGAUAGACCGGACAUGUCUUCUGUAGUUCAAAUGUUGAUUAAUGAUUUUGCAUUACCUCAAGCUAAAUAGCCUGGCUUCUUUUUUGGCGAAGAAUAUCCUUCAAGCAAACAUGCAAAAAGUUCCCUAAAUGAAGUUACUAUUACGACAUUGAGUCCUCGUUGAAUGUAUAAUUUAAAUUUAUUUACACUCAAUAUGGAUAAAGCUUAG